AUGUCACCACCAACCCACGACGCCCAGAUCUGCGCGCAGACCUACAACCGCUGCCCCGAGGGCCUCUGCGUCCAGCGGCUGGAACUCGCCGAGAUGAUGUUCGCCGUUGACGAGCUUGGUAAGCAGCGGGUGCGCAUUAUGAAGGAACUAUGUGGGGACCUUGAGGCUUUGAAGUCUGGGGGGAUGUCGAGAGAGGCGAUAAAGGCGCUGAAGGACGAUUUAAAGGAGAUGCGGAGGCUGCUGAAUAAGCUUAGCGAGGAUGCAUUGAGGGUGGGGAGGCUGGUGGGGAUGUGGGGGGAGAGAAAGGAUGGGAUGAGGGGUGAGAGGAGUGCGGCGGUGGAUGUAAUGGUGGAGGGGGAUGAGGAGUUUUUGAGGGGUGAGUAA